AUGCUCUCCACACUAGCCACCGUCCUCCUCUUGGCCCCCGCCGUCCUCUCCCAUGGCAUCAUCAUGAACCCUCCCUCCCGCGCAACCGGGCCCGGACAAACCACCGCCUGCGGCCAAGCCAUCGUCUCAGCCAUAAAGUCCGACAACACGUCCUACGUCGAGCAACUCACCAAGCUCGCCAGCACCGACAGCAAAUUCAGCGCCGCAGCCUGCAACCUCUACCUGUGCAAGGGGCUCCAGUACGCCGACAACAGUGCCAACGUGCAGACGUGGAAGGCGGGAGAUGUCGUCCCAGUCAAGAUCUGGCUGCGCAUUCCGCACGAGGGGAUUGCGAACGUGAGUAUCGUGAGCACGAAGCAGAAUAAGGUGGUGGGAGACUUUUUGAAAGUGUGGACUAAGGGGUAUGCGCCGGGGAAGAGCGAGGCGGAUGUUCCGAUUGAGCAGAGGGAGUUCAGUGUUACGGUGCCGAGUGGGCUGGAAACUACCUGCGCGAUGGCUGGUGACUGUGUGCUUCAGUGGUGGUGGCUCGGUACUGCUGCAAAGCAGACUUAUGAGUCUUGUGUCGACUUCAAGAUUGCAGCGUCUGGGGCCUCCCAGGGGCUCGAAUUUAAGGCUUGA